AUGCCAAGUACUCCAGAAAUAGGGGAUAGCGCAGAUCGUUACGCGGCUGGUCGGCGAGAUUCCGGUGCAUUGUCCACGCUGGUCAUGAUGAACACGGUCGACCGCCAUCUCCCCCGAGUUAAGAUGUCAUCAUCACCACUGUUUCUGUUACUCCUGAUUCCGUUCACGUCAUCUCAACUUCUUGAGAUAUUUGGCUUAUCUACAGGAGAAGCUGGUACAGUGGACCGACAACCGUUCCAGGACCUUGCAAGUCAAUCCGUCGGACUCAUCAACUAUCUUCAGACCGUUCAACGCAAUCCCAACAAUCAAUUGGCGAAAAAGUGUGUCAGAGAAAGGAGAGCGUCUGUUGAUGAUCAUUUGUUGUUCUGGUUACGCGAACCGCUUCCGACGAUGAACUUCAUGGGUGGCCUUCCCGUGGUACCAGGUGUUAUGGGCAGCCUUCCUGGCGCCGGAUCGUGUCUUCCGCGUGGAUCGCCUCUAGUGCGCGACAAGUACGUUUCUUUCAUUGCUGACGUCAUUUCAAAUAAUCACUUAUCACCGAGUUUCUUCCAGAAUAUUCUCAGAAACAUUCCUGGAGCUCACGAUUACCUGGCCAGCCUGCUACCGGCCCCCAAAGUAGACAGCGAGGCACUUCUCGGCAAAUACCAAUGG